AUGGCGUGUAUUCAACGUGAUAUGGUCGUAAGCGAAAUCAUCGCUGUGCCGCCGCCACCAUAUUCUCGCAGCCACUGCCUCUUUUUCCGCCUCGUCUCCUUCGAAAAAUCGCUUGGCGGCGGCCGCACUAAAUGUUGUGUGCUGUGGUGAGGCCUCGCUCUCGCCGUCCCUCGGACAUGUCGGCUGCGCGCAUUGUUGAAGAGCGGCGACGCAGCGUUAGCGUCGGUUUAAUUACCCAAGUUUGAGGUACGCCCGACUUGACAUGACCUAAAGAAAUUUAGCGUCAGCUUUCUAAUUUUGGAAAGUCUCCUUUAGGGGAGACAAAAGAAAUGACACUUAAUGAAAUGGGAUGCGUGUUAAUGCAGUUAUGCUCAGCGCAAGAAAUUAUGACAAUUCAGUAGUGUGCCGAUUAUCAUCAUUUAGUCGUAUCUGAGUCAAUCAGGGCUGGGAUUUUACGUUUACGGUCUUUUUUUACUCUUUUUGUGAUAAAAGUGAUUUAAUCAAAGUGAUCGAAUCUAUUACUUUUUCACUAUUUGUCUAAAAUAAGAAAUGCCUGAUUUGAUCAGUAAGAACAAGAUUAGGCAUCAAAAGACACCAAAACGUUCAAAAAACGAUAGGGACUAUAGAAAAGUUAGAAUUCUAUUGAAUUGUAUGCUAGUUUUCAUUUCCUGACAAAAACAGUACGCUUUAUGAUUGAAUCACUUUUAUCACAAAAAGAGUAAAAAAAGACCGUAAACGUAAAAUCCCAGCCCUGAUUGACUCAGAUACGACUAAAUGAUGAUAAUCGGCACACUACUGAAUUGUCAUAAUUUCUUGCGCUGAGCAUAACUGCAUUAACAAGCAUCCCAUUUCAUUAAGUGUCAUUUCUUUUGUCUCCCCUAAAGGAGACUUUCCAAAAUUAGAAAGCUGACGCUAAAUUUCUUUAGGUCAUGUCAAGUCGGGCGUACCUCAAACUUGGGUAAUUAAACCGACGCUAACGCGUCGUCGCCGCUCUUCAACAAUGCGCGCAGCCGACAUGUCCGAGGGACGGCGAGAGCGAGGCCUCACCACAGCACACAACAUUUAGUGCGGCCGCCGCCAAGCGAUUUUUCGAAGGAGACGAGGCGGAAAAAGAGGCAGUGGCUGCGAGAAUAUGGUGGCGGCGGCACAGCGAUAAUUUCGCUUACGACCAUAUCACGUUGAAUACACGCCAUCCCGUCCGAUCUGGCAAGUUAAGCAACGUUGAGUCCAGUUAGUACUUGGAUCGGAGACGGCCUGGGAAUCCUGGAUGUUGUAAGCUUUUGCCUUUUUCAUCUAAAUUUCUAAUAUUGUUCUUCUGUCGUUUUCUAAAUAUGCAGGUAUUAUCUUGGCAGUUGCGGCCCUUAUUCUGUCAUUCGGGCCCUCAUUUAGCCAUUGAGGCCCUUAUUCUGUCACUCAGGCCCUUAUUUAGCCUGAUAGCCGAAACACCAGAAAGAUGCCGGUUUUUCACAGUUCUUCUGGAAAAUCACGAUAAAAAAUUACCACUUCUGGCACAAAUCCGUUGCAGAAAUGCAAAUUGUCCGUCGGAGAACAAAUUCCGAAAAGAUUUCAUUAAUCGUGCAAGUCGAGUGGGUACGAACGCCGAGCAGCUUCCACAUUUCGUCUAAAAUUCCGACCUUUUCGACGUCGCCAACGCGGCAAAAAGCGCCGGGAGCGGGAAAAGAAGGACGAGAUUUCGCCGUCUGCGUCUCUCUCCCUCUCUCUCGCCGGACAAAAAGGAGCAUCGUCCUGAAUGGGCGCGGCACGGAAGAAGAAGAAAAGAAAAACGGCAGCAGGGAAAUAGGAAAGUCCUCUAUCGUUUUCUGCUCCUGACCUCCACGAACGGACUCGGAAUGUCGACGUUCAGCCGUUGACGCCCACUCACAGACACAUUCCGUUUCUGAGUGACGAGUGAGUUAUGAUAUAUGUUGAACAUUUUACAAACAAUUGAGUUUCAGCGGAAACGGCAAUGUUUCGCAGAGAAUGCCGCAGCAAAUCCUCUCAAAUGUGUUCACAAUUCGUUUCCGGACCGUUUCCCGGUUCGUCCGAUGGUUAUCCGGGGAGAAGUGGCUGGAUUCUCUCUCCUUCCGUCCGGAAUCCGAAUUCAUCAUCUGCCUAUGCUACCAACAUCAGUUAGUGACCAAAUUUCUAAGCCGACAAUAUUUUCUUCAAAAUUCCAGCUUCCUCAUCCCCUCUGACAUUCAUUUUCGACGUGCAAUCCGUGAAAAUCACAAAUCCAGCUACAGUAAUCCGGUAUCUGUGGAAUUUUAG